CUUUCUUUAUUUACAUUUUGUACACGUACGAAUGUGUUGGUGCCCUUCAUGUUACGAAUCGAAAAACUGCAAUCUUUCACGUGGAAAUGUUGACAAACCGGUACCUGACAAACCAGAUAAUUUUUAAUAUUAGUACGCUUCAGAUAUGGAAAUGUCGACAAAUGACAAACUAGCUAAUGAUGACGUUAUAUAUUGGUUGAAAAGAGCAGAAGAAUGGGCUUCAAUGAACCAGAAUCAUCGAAGAUCAACGCCAGCGCUGGAAAUUUCGCAAAACAGUGAACAACUUCAAGCCUUUCUCUCGGCGGUGCUCAACCGACUGAUCGCAGAUGGCAUAUCACCAGUUUUAAAGAACCAUCCCAAGUUAGGUCACUUACUUGGCCGUCUCUGUUCUUGCCAACAUCUCUUAGCUGAGGAGGAGAAGGUUUUCAGCAAGCUUCUUAGCUGUGUUCAUGCACUCAGAGCUCAGCAUCCCCAGGAUGGAAUGGAGAAAAAAGCAAAGGUUUGGGCAGAGUCUCAGUUCAGGUAUACAGCGUCAUUCUUCCAUCAAAAGAAUCCAGCUUCUGAAACGGCAGAGGCAAUGGGAUACACAGCACUGGAUUACAACACUCUCACAUCUAGCAAGUUGAUUGAAUCAAUUCAAAGAGAUCUUGAUCAUCUGAUAUUGGAACAUCAGAAUUAUAUUUAUGGCACACUCCAGGAUGAGGUUAUGUGUGUAGAGGAGCUAUCAGAGAUGUGUCUUCCACUGAUAGGGAGUGCAUCCUCCAAGGGACUGGUGGACAGGGUGCUUCUUCUGCACCCCCGGUCUGCUGAAGAUCAGAUCUCACAACACUUCCUGGAGAGGGUCACACAGACACAGACAUGUGCUUAUGCUCCAGGAGAGAAAAAAAAAAUAUGUCUUUCAAGAGAGGCUCUCAUGUCAUUAUGGCUACAAUAUCUUCCUGCACUGGAGCAAGAGAUUCUUCUACUUGUACAAGCUUUCUCCCAACAUGUUCCUGACAUAGCAACAGAUGAUGCUCUAAAGCUCAUUCAAUCCAGAGACUUGCCCAGAGCCUGUGCAAGGCAUAGGAUAUUAUAUGAAGCUGUAGACUCGUGUGUCCAGCAGGUUCUCUGGCAAACGAAUGGUUGCCACAGUGUGAUCAGAUUUGUGCAUCUCUUUCAAGUGGCUGUCAGUGAGGCUAUACAAGAGUUACAUUCUCCAGAGUAUUCAGUGCACAGACUGUUUCCUCAAAGACUAUGUCCAUUGGUGAAUCUCCUGACAGUAGACCCUAGAGAUAUACCCCAAGAUGUCCAUGGGAUACACCUUACCAGCAUUGAUGCCACCCUGAAGACCACCAUCGUUGAUCCAGUGGUGUCCAAUAACCCUCAAGAACUGUACAAAGUCUGGAUGACCUUGGUCAAGUUUUUGCACUGGUACCAUGCUGCUGUCAACGUCCUCAUUCUAGAUGAUCAUAGUGAUGGAGGAUUUACUACAGUAGAUGCCUGUCUGGACUUCUUAAUGUGGUUUCAUUUUCCAUUAUCCUUUGGAAAUUGUGUCGCUGUCAAGGAAAAUUUGCUGCGGUUGAUCAAAAGUCUUCACUCUUGCAUCAUGGAAGACACAUUUCAGGAAAAAGAUCUAGAGAUGCUGUUCUCAAACCUCCGAGGCAGCAACUCUAAAAAUGAUUUACCUGUUGCACUCAUCAUAAAUCUUGUCAUGUCAGCUAUCCUUCAUGCAACCUCACUCACAAGAAAUAAUGUAUUAGCAGUAGUAGAUAUGAUGUGGUCUCAGGGAAUUGCCAGUGGAAGCCAGGAAUGCAAGCUAGCUCUUCUGCGGAGUCACCUUGAGAGUCACCAGACCUUUAUGGUGUCAGGAGUGGGAUUAAAGGAGCUGUGUCCUACACAUGUGACUGAAGCCAUUAGAAUUCUGAAGGACAACACUUGAAUGUUAGACUCCUAGUUCCAGUGAAGUCAGCUCUUAUGUAGAGUCCCUUGACAGUCACCAGACAUUUAUGGUGUCGGGAGUGGGAUACAAGUAGCUGUGUCCUACACAUGUUACUGAAGCCAUUAGAAACUCUGAAGGGAAACGCAUGAACAUUACGCUCCAAGGUCAAGUAAAACUAGCCCUUGUGGAGUGUCAUUAGCCACCAGUCAUUAUUGGUGUCAGGAGUGGGAUUUAAAGAGCCAUGUCUUACACAUGUGAUUGAAGGCUUAAAGCUAUUAGAACUAUAAAGGACAAUACAUGAAUGUUAGACUCCUAGUUCCAUUCUCCCCGAUAGUCACCACCAUGUAUUUAUGGUGUCAAGAUUUGGAUUCAAGGAGCAAUGUCCUACACAUGUGACUGAAGCUAUACACUCUUAUGUCCAGUAAAGCCAGCUCUUCUGUAGAGUUGCCUCGAUAGUCACAAGAUAUUUAUGGUGUCAGGAGUGGGAUUUAAGGAGUCAUAAAUGACAACAUAUGAAUGUUGUAUUUGUAGGUCUACUAUUAGUAUGGAUAGGGGGUGUUUCACAAAGAGUGAAAUAUGGGCUUCAUCUGACAAAAAAGUUACGAUUGAUCCAAUCAGCCUCAACUAUAUGGAAAUCCAUCAAUGUCAUAAUUUUUUUACAGGAAUUUUGCACAAUGUUUCUUGUAAACAAAGAGAUGCACAUUAAAUGAAUAUACAACAUAUCUUGAAAAUGUUUUGAGCAUGCAUUUUGAGAUGUUGAUGUUGCUGGCAUUUGGUAGUUGUGGUUGAUUGGAUCAAUCGCAGCUCUUUGUAAGAUAGGACCUAGGCUUGAAGUUAGAUGGGCCUCAGAUUCUAUGGGGGAGUUGAUAAUCAUUUACUGACCCCAGACUUUGUGAAAAGCUUUGGAAAUACUUGUAACAAAGACGUCUUUUUUUGAAGAAAGCAAACCUGGGCCCCGUCUUACAAAGAGAUACGAUUGAUCCAAUCAAUUGCAACUGUAUGGAAAUCCAUCCAUACCAUAACUUUUCUAUAGGAAGUUUGCACAAUCUCUUUAGCAAACAGAGAAUCACACUGAAUGUUGGAGAGAAAGAUUAAUGUAUGAAGAUACAGUAUGUAUUAUCUAGAAAAUAUUUUGAACAUAUUUGCAUUUUAGAUGUUGACGUUGCUGGCCAUCCAUGAUUGUGGUUGAUUAGAUCAAUCGCAACUUAAGCCUCAGGCAAAAGUCAGGUCAGACAAAAAAGAAGCAUACAUCCCACUAUUUGAAAGUUUGUCUCACUUUCUAUAGCCUUGACAGGUACAAGUUUGUCAAGACUAUCUGCUCCUCAAGCUUAUUAAACUAAUCCAACUUGUGACAUUACAUUACUAGUCAAGACAUUACAUUACUACUUCAGACUCUGCAUUAUGCACUAUGCAAAUUGCAAAAAUCAAGGGUCUGUGCCUGCAGACUAGAUGAUGCAUGUUGUCAUGAACAUGUGCGAUAUUUGUCAGCGCAUGAGGGCGCUUUUUCGAAAAAAAAGAGGAAAGUAGAGACAAAAUUUGUAAAAUUACCUGAACACUUCUUUUAUUACGCAAAAGCGCCCUCAUGCGCUGACAAAUAUCGCACAUGUACAUGACAAUGUGUAGACCGAUCAGAAAUUUACCUUGCUUGCUGUCACCCUUUUCCCCAAAAGUGGUGGGUGACUCAUGUAGCAGACAUGUAUCGAGCCAGAAAAGACACAAUAGAGGGGCCAAUUAUUGUUCACAAAUAUGUGCCCUGAAAUGGUAUUCUAGUUUGGUAUGCAUUUUCACGAUUCUUGACUAUCCAGGGCAGAAAUAUUUGUCAUCAUCAUUACUACAGGCACAAACCCUUGGUUUUUUGAACUUGCAUAGUGUAUAAUGUAGAAUCAAAGUAGUGAGACUUGAUUCACUAUGUAAUGGGUGAUUUCAAGUUCAGUGUUGACCUUUUGGUGUUGGUGUUGGGUCAAUUUUUACACGAUUAUAACACCAAACAUAAAAUGAGGAUGGUCCCGAAA